UAACACCGACACUUUGUUCAGGAGUCAAGCCGAAGAAGUGCACACCAUGGGGAUUGUCUGCUUCAAGUGACAGCCUGCGCCUUUAUGAAACAUUUGUAGUUUUUUUUAGGCCCACUUUUCGACAUUUCCUCCAAAGUCAGCAAGGACAGUUAUAUUGUUUUAUUAUUAUAACCAGAGAGGCACACCGCUGACUGGUCGCUUAACAUUAUCUCGUAAAGUUAUUUCCAGUUCAGGCGGGUUCACAAGUGGAGGAAACGACGCAAGAUGCACAAUGAAGAAACCACAGCUUUACAAAAGCCACGCUAUGGAACCAUUCAGGAUGAUGAGCGGCUGUCAGCGGAGGAGAUGGAUGAGAGGAGACGACAGAACAUCGCCUACGAGUACCUGUGUCACCUGGAGGAGGCCAAACGGUGGAUGGAGGCCUGCUUAGAUGAGGACCUGCCGCCUACAACAGAACUGGAGGAGGGGUUGAGGAAUGGUGUCUACCUUGGUAAACUUUCCAACUUUUUUGCCCCCAAGAUGGUGUCAGAGAAAAGGAUCUACGACAGAGACCAGUCACGCUAUAAGGGCAGAGGGCUGCACUUCAGACACACAGACAACACAGUGCAGUGGCUCAGAGCCAUGGAGUCAGUUGGUCUCCCUAAGAUAUUUUAUCCUGAAACGACAGACGUGUACGAUCGAAAAAACAUGCCCAAAGUGGUGUACUGCAUACACGCACUGAGCUUGUACUUGUACAAACUUGGCAUUGCACCACAGAUCCAGGAUCUGCUAGGGAAAGUGGCCUUUACAGAGGAAGAGAUCAGUAACAUGAGGAGUGAGCUGGAGAAGUAUGGCAUUCAAAUGCCAGCUUUUAGUAAGAUUGGAGGAAUCUUGGCCAACGAGCUGUCAGUGGAUGAAGCUGCCUUGCAUGCUGCUGUGAUUGCCAUCAAUGAGGCUGUGGACAGAGGUCAGGCUUCUGUGACAAUGGGAGCCUUAAAUAAUCCGAACGCAAUGCUGAAGAACACACAGCAAGCUUUGGCCCAAGACUACCAGGACACACUGAGCCAGGCCAGGGCUCGUAAACAGAAUCAGUCGUCAGGCGGGCGUUCCUCAAUUUCUACUGAAGAAAGAGAUGUUUAUGAGGAGCUGCUGACUCAGCAGGAGAUCCAAGCCUCUAUUGACUUUGUUAACAUCCAGGAAGCAGUCAGGCAGGUGAAUCAAGCUGUGUCAAACCAGGAUGAGGCUGCUCUUUUGGCAGCACUCAGGCUUGAAGCUCUGUCCAUGCUCGGUGUCCAGGAGUCAAAUAGUCACUGGUACCUGGAACAUUUUGCCACCUACUGCCAACACAAAUCCAAGGAUGGAGGGAGGGCAGUGAUGGUGGACAAAGAGGAGAUUCAGAGAGUGGUCAGCUCUUGUAAUGACUUUGCUGAGGCAGAGAAACGAAAACUUGAUGCAGUUGCAGCGAUCAAUACAGCCAUUCGUCUUGGGAAUGCCGUGGAGACGGUGGAGGAGCUGACGAACCCUGAGGCACAACUACCAAUUGUCUACCAGACUGCUGCCAACCUCUAUCAGGCUGAACUCUUCAGUUUGCAGCUCCAAGGGGGGCGGUCCGGCUUGAGCCAUGAGGAGCUGAGUGUAGCCGUGGAGAUGCUGUCAGCGGUAGCAGUGCUGAAUGAGGUGCUGGACACCAAAGACCCUCAGGCUGUGAUUGAACAACUGACAGACUCUCCUCUGGGCUUCACCAACAUGGACCAAGACAACCUCAACAGGUAUGCUGACACUCUUAUCAAAGAGCGAGAGGAGGCUCUUGCCAAUGGCCAAGAGUUUCUCACGUGGAAUGAUGUUCAAAAAUGCAUCGACACAGUCAAUGUGCAGGUCCACGAGGAGCAUGAACGCAUUAUAGCUAUAGCAGAGAUCAAUGAGGCGCUGAGCUCAGGUGAUCAUCAGCAGACUCUUGCAGCGUUGCUCCUCCCUACAGCCAAGUUAACUGGGGUGAACCCAGCCACAGCCAAACACUACCAUGAUGUCCUUCAAUAUACCAAGCAACUCCUCUGCCAGACCUCUGGAGAUGAGUCUGCAGUUCUGUGGCUGGACCAAAUCCAAGAGGCCAUUCACACAGCCAAUCAGGAUGAAGAGGAGACUCUCACAUUGGCUGGAGCAGUGGCUGAUAUAAACAGGACAGUGGCAGAGGGGGGCUCUCAGAAUACACUGCAGGCUUUGCAAGUUCCUGGUGCAGGACUGAGAGCGGUGCUCCCUGAAUGUGCCGACACAUACCAGGCUGAACUAAAACAGAGACAAACAAGUAGCACCACUGAAGGCAGCACUGAAAGUGUGUGGGUAAAACAUAGCAUCAAGGACAGAUAUAAUUACUACUAUAACCUGGAGACUGGAGAGGGCACCUGGGAGGAGCCAGAAGGAUUUGAACACAAUGUUGGUCAUCUCAGUAAGGAGGAAAUCCAGAGCGUUGUCAGCUGUGUGACUGCAGAGUAUAACAGGGAACAGUUAUGGCUGGCCAAUGAAUCCUUUGUGACCCAACUGCAGGCCAGGAUCAGAGGUUAUCUGGUCAGGAGAAAGCAUCGCCAGAGGAUGGAGUAUCUGCACCAACAAGAGCCACACGUCGUCAAAUUGCAGGCGUGCUGGAAAGGUCACAAACAGAGGAAAAUGUACAAAGACAGGAUGAAUUUGCUUCAUGACAACGUUACUUCGAUUGUUAAGAUCCAGUCUGUGGUCAAAAUGUGGAAAGCCAAACGUGAAUACAAUCAGAGGUUACAGUUCUUCAAAGAUCAUGAAAAGGACAUAGUAAAAAUCCAGGCUUUUCUUAAGGCCAACAAAGCCAGGGAUGACUACAGAACACUGACUGGGGCCAACGAUCCUCCUCUGUCAGUGGUGCGCAAGUUUGUCCACUUGUUGGAGCAGAGUCCCCUGGACCUUCAGGAGGAACAGGAAGUGACACGGCUCAGGGAAGAAGUGGUCACCAAUAUUCGCUCCAAUCAGCAGAUGGAGAAAGACUUGAACCUGAUGGACAUUAAGAUCGGACUGCUGGUGAAGAACAGGAUCACUCUGCAGGAUGUCGUGUCUCAUAAUAAAAAAAUGAAGACCAAGAAAAAUAAAGCGAGUAAAGAAGACUUGGCUGCAGGAGAAAGAGUGGGUAUAAAGGGCCUAAAUAAAGGAAAAAGAAAGAAACUGGAGGCCUACCAACACCUCUUUUACCUGCUGCAGACCAACCCAGCCUAUCUGGCUAAGCUGAUCUUCCAGAUGCCCCAAAACAGGUCCACUAAGUUUAUGGACACUGUGAUCUUCACCUUGUACAACUACGCCUCUAACCAGAGAGAGGAAUACCUGCUGCUCAAACUCUUCAAGACAGCUCUGGAGGAGGAAAUCAGCUCCAAGGUGGACCAGAUCCAGGACAUAGUGACAGGGAACCCAACAGUCAUCAAGAUGGUGGUGAGCUUCAACAGAGGUGCACGAGGCCACAACACUCUCAGGCAGCUGCUGGCUUCAGUGGUCAAAGACAUCAUUGAGAACAAGAGUCUUGGCAUCAACACUAACCCAGUGGACGUGUACAAAGCCUGGGUGAACCAGCUGGAGACGGCUACUGGAGAGGCCAGUAAGCUGCCUUAUGAAGUGACCCCUGAGCAGGCCAUGUCACAUGAGGAAGUACGCAGCAGGCUGGAGGCAUCCAGUCUGUCGCUGCAGGCAGCUACAGAUAAGGUCUUGAACUCCAUUGUGUCCUCGCUCGAUAAUAUCCCUUACGGCAUGAGAUACAUAGCAAAGGUUCUGAAGAACACGCUCCAUGAAAAGUUUCCUGAUGCCUCAGAGGAUGAGCUGAUGAAGAUAGUAGGAAACCUGCUCUACUACCGCUACAUGAACCCAGCCAUUGUGGCUCCUGACGGCUUCGACAUUAUCGACAUGUCAGCUGGAGGGCAGCUUCACUCAGACCAGCGCCGUAACCUCGGAUCUGUGGCAAAGAUGCUGCAGCAUGCUGCCGCUAAUAAGCUGUUUGAGGGCGAGAAUGCACAUAUGACACCGUUGAACAACUAUAUUUCUCAGACGUAUGAGAAGUUCAAGGUAUUUUUCCAGGCAGCAUGUGAUGUCCCUGAACCUGAGGAGAAGUUUAAUAUCGACGAAUACUCAGACAUGGUGACUCUAAGCAAGCCUAUCAUCUACAUCUCAAUAGAGGAGAUCAUCAAUACACACUCGCUGCUUUUGGAACAUCUAGAGGCCAUCUCUCCCGACCACAAUGACUUACUACAUGAGCUGCUGCAGGACCUGGGAGACGUCCCUGAUGUAGAGGCAUUGCUCGGUGAGGGAGCAGCAGACCCGAAUGAACAAAACAGAGAGAGUGCUCUGAGUCAGCUGGCCAAGACGGAGAUCUCCCUCACCCUCACCAGCAAGUUUGAGCUGCUGGAAGGAGACGACAAAGACUUGAAGACUCUAAUGACAAAGACAAAAAAGCUCAUUGUGGAUGUGGUUCGAAUCCAGUCUGGAGAGACCUUACCUGAUAUUCUUGACACCCCAAGUACUGACCCACAGGAGUCCGAACAUAUGAAAAUCGUAGAGCGCCGGGCAGUCCAGGAUGCUCAAACACCGGAGGGUCUAAAGAGCAGCCCAGCAGUGCUGGAGGACAGCCAGCUGCCUCUGGAGCAGAAGAAGAGGAAGAUCCAAAGGAACCUCCGUAACCUGGAGCAGGGCGGCCUUGUCACUGCAAGUAACAAAUACCAGGACCUCAUCAAUGACAUAUCAAAGGACAUUCGCUACCAAAGACGCUACAGGCAGAGAAGGAAGGCAGAGCUUGUGAAGCUGCAGCAGACGCUGACAGCCCUGAACUCCAAAACCGCCUUCUACCAGGUCCAGAUGAACUAUUAUGACACCUACAUUAAAACCUGCCUGGAUAACCUCAACAGGAAGAAUUCCCGUAGAUCUAUAAAACUGGACGGCAAAGGGGGAAGUAAGAAGACAAAGCUGCAAUCUCUGAAAUACACAGCAGCGAGGCUGCAUGAGAAGGGGGUCAUCCUGGAGAUAGAAGGACUUCAGACAAACCAGUUCAAAAAUAUCAUGUUUGACAUUUCACCUGCUGAGGAAGUUGGGGAUUUUGAAGUGAAAGCCAAGUUUAUGGGAGUUGAGAUGGAAAAGGUCCAGCUUCAUUUCCAGGACCUCCUACAGCUGCAGUACGAAGGCGUUGCUGUCAUGAAGAUGUUUGAUAAAGCCAAAGUCAAUGUCAAUUUGCUCAUCUUCCUCCUAAACAAGAAAUUCUAUGGGAAAUGAGAGAGCAAAGCUGAAGAAGGGAGGAAUCAUCAGGAGAGGGGAGACAGACUGUGCCUUCUGACAGAACAAAGUUGCUAGACGGUACAGGACAGUGUCGUGUUUCUUCUGAUUAUAAUUUGAUGGAUCACACCAAAAUGCAUUCUGUUAUUGUCCAACGUAAUGUGUCUGUUCUGUUUUUUUCGCCGUGGAGAUUGUAAAUGUUAUGUAUUUUACGAAUUAAAUCGUAUUGUUUUCAUGUUACUAUGCAAAAGAUACUUAGUUGUAAGUUUAAGCUACUUUAAAAUUUUUGAUGGAAAUUUCAGAAGAAGCCGUACUGUCUUAGAGUUCAGACUACAUACCCACUCACCUGCAUGACCAGUGCCUUUUUAUCCAGAUGUUUAAAGAAAUGUUUUAAAUAAUAAAUCAUAAAAAAAAUAAAAGCUACAACCGAUGUUUUUAAUAUGUACAAUUAGUAUGUAAGUGAUUUUUAACAUUUGAACAAUGUUCAUAAUAAACUAUGUCUAAAAGUA